UAAGCGUUUCUUACCGGAAGCACGUGUUUGUCGGCAUGGGGGCAGUGGCGAGGGAAUCGAACCGGUAAAGAAGUCAGCCUGGGGUUAGAACAUGGCAAGCCGGAGCUCCUCAGUAACCUUCAAGACCAACUAUGCCAUUUCCAAGAGAAUCGAGCCAUUCUACAAAGGAGGACGGGUUCAGAUGACCCAAGAUGGGGAAUAUAUGUUCUGUGCUUGUGAUAACAAGGUGAAUGUGGUGGACGUUGCAACAGGAACUGUCGUUAACUGUAUCGAAGAGGAUGAAGAAGAGGAAAUUACAUCAUUUGCUCUCAGCAAAGAUGAUGAAAUCCUUGUGACUGGAAGCCGAUCGAUGCUGCUGAAGCAAUGGGACUGGCCAGAAAAUAAAUGCACACGCACAUGGAAGGCUAUGCACACAGCCUCCAUGGCCAGCAUGGCCUUUGACUCGAGCUCCACGUUGUUGGCUACAGGUGGCUGUGACAGCGCUAUUAAGGUCUGGGAUGUUCCCAGGCAGUACUGCACACACAACUUGAAAGGCUCAACGGGGGUUGUCCACCUUGUCGAGUUCCACCCAGACACUUCUAAGCUACAGCUCUUCUCUUCUUCCAUGGACAACACCAUCCGGGUUUGGGACCUGAAGUCCAGCGAGUGCGUCGCUCAGCUAGAAAACCAUUACAGCUCUGUCACCUCCCUCGCUUUCUCUCCUGACAAUGAGACGCUCAUCAGCUCCGGCCGUGAUAAAAUCUGCACUGUGUGGGACCUGAACAAGGGAGAAGCCAAGGGCACCAUCCCUGUCUAUGAGAGCAUUGAAUCUGUGGUCAUGUUGCCAGAACAAGGGGAUUUCUCGUGUUUAGGCGUGAGUAAAGAGAGCCUUCACUUCGUAACAGCAGGCAGCAAAGGGAUCCUCCGAGUCUGGAAUGCGGCGUCAGCCACCUGCGUUCACAGCCAGUCCUUGCCCUGCCUCCCGGCAGCAUGCGUGGAUCAGGAGGACGGGCUGCAGAGCCUCAUGCAUUGCGUCCUGGUGCCCAUGAAAAGCCAAAUUGUCACCGUGAACUCGGAACACAACAUCUGCAUGUAUGAUGCACAAACCCUUGAGCUCAGGAAGCAGUUUGCAGGUUACAAUGGAGAGGUUUUGGAUGUCAGGUUCCUGGGCCCCAGAGACUCCCACGUGGUUGUGGCCACCAACAGCCCCCAGCUGAAGGUCUUUGAGCUGCUGACAUCUAACUGCCAGAUCCUGCACGGCCACACAGAUAUCGUUCUUGCCUUGGAUGUUUUCCGAAAGGGGAGGUUGUUUGCCAGCUGUGCGAAGGAUAAAAGCAUCAGGAUUUGGCGGAUGAAUGACCACGGUAAUGUCUUCUGCGUCGCCCAGGGCCUGGGCCAUACCCAAGGAGUGGGUACUCUCUCUUGCUCCAGGAUGAAAGAGAACUUUGUGGUCACAGCCAGCAAAGACAAUACGAUGAAAGUGUGGAGUAUCCCCGAGUACAUCACUGCCAGGGAACCUACAGCUGCUCCCACCACAAAUCCUGUCCCCCAAGCUGCUGCCCCUCCAGUCACAAAGCCUGCUCCCCCUCCUCCUGCCCCUCCAGUCACAAAGCCUGCUCCCCCUCCUCCUGCCCCUCCAGUCACAAAUCCUGCUCCCCCUCCUGCUGCCCCUGCUACCACAACUGCUGCUACAACUGCAACCACAACUGCUGCUUCAGCUGCAACCACAACUGCUGCCACAACUGCAACCACAGCUGCUGCCACAACUGCAACCACAACAGCUGCUACAACUGCAGCCACAACUGCAACCACAACUGCCGCCACAACUGCAACCACAACUGCCGCCACAACUGGCACAACUGCAGCCACAACUGCAACCACAACCGCUGCCACAACUGCCUCCACAACUGCUACAACUGCCGCCACAACUGCUACAACUGCCACCAAAACCUCUGCCACACCUGAUGCCAAAACUGCCCCCUCUAAAAGCGCAAGCUCAAAAAGUGCCAAAAAUGUCAAAAUUACUGAAUCUCCCACGACUCCCGAAGAACCCGUAGCUCUUGAAGCCACAGUGACGACGACACCCCACCUCAAGGAUGUAAAUAGCGUGGCGGUUUCUCCGAAUGACAAGCUGAUUGCUACAGCAUCCCAGGACAAGACGGCCAAGCUGUGGACCUCCGACAAUUGCGAGCAAUUGGGAACCUUUGUCGGACACAAACGAGGCAUCUGGUGUGUGCAGUUCUCACCGGUGGAUCGGAUCCUAGCCACCUCUUCUGCGGAUGGCACUGUGAAACUCUGGAGUCUGCAGGAUUUCAGCUGUCUAAAGACUUUCGAAGGUCACGAAGCCCCUGUGCUGAAGAUCAUUUUUGUGAGUGGAGGAGGACAGGUGCUGAGCAGUGGAGCAGAUGGCCUUAUGAAACUUUGGACGAUCAACAACAACGUUUGUGUGAAGACCUUCGACGCUCAUGAUGAUAAGGUGUUGGGCCUACACGCCAAUAGGAGAGACAACGCACUGGUGACCGGCUCCGCCGAUUCCAGGGUCUUGCUGUGGAAGGAUGUCACUCAAAUUGAGCUUGAAGAGGAACAAGUGAAGCAGGAAGAGCAGAUUCUGAAAGAGCAGCAGCUGUCUAACUUGCUGCAUAAGAAGAAGUACCUGAAAGCACUGGGCUUGGCAAUCUCCUUGGACCGGCCACACACGGUGUUGUCGGUGAUCAAAGCUAUUCUUAAGGAGGCUAAUGGAAAAGAAGACUUGGAAAAGAACCUCCUGAAGCUUCGGAAAGACCAGAAAGAGGCUGUGCUGAGGUUUUCCAUCACGUGGAACACAAACUCGCGGAACUACCUCGAGGCUCAGGCAGUGGUGGAAACCCUCCUCAAGCAUGAGACGCCAGAGAGCCUCUUGCAGUAUGAAGGGAUCAAAGCAGCUGUGGAGUCUCUCCUACCAUACACAGAACGGCACUUCCAGAGGCUGGGCCGGUUACUGCAGGCCUCCAUGUUCCUCGAUUUCAUGUGGCAAAACAUGAAGCUGCCUGACGCCGCCAAGUGGGACGAGGAGAUGGACACGUGAUGAGCUUUGGGUGCCAGCGGCAUGCGGGGCAGAAGAGCUGGACACUCCUGCCAAGUUGGCACUGCUCUCACCAGUGGAAUAUGUUGAAUUGGUUUGUAAAAAAACUCCCCACAAAUAUACGUUUUUCAUUUUGUAAAGGCAUAAAUCUCCCGAGAGUGUCUUCCUACAUACAUCCCUUCCCCAUCCCCUUUAAAAAUGAAAUAAAUUUAUUUAGCAUA